AAAUAUCAGCUCUAUUUAUUUGUUUUAUUUUUUAUUUAUUUUUUUUGACAGAACUGUUACAAAUCAGUCAACAUAGUUUUAGGCCUGUAGAUUUCUAAUCCCAUAAACGUUGCUUUAUGUUUGGCUGCCAUGUCCUAUAACCAGCGCCUGCAAUCGCAGAACAUUGUGCAUUUGUUGCAAAACCGCGAAUCCGGCUACACCUGUGUCGGCAGCCAGCUGAGCAGGAUCCCCCGCUUGGCCUACGAGCGCCGCUUCUACAAGUCAAUUACUCCAUGCCUAACCAUUGACUCCGUGGCCAUUCCGCCUGUCUACCUGCGCAAGUUCACGCCGGACGGCAGCCAGCUGCUAGCCUUCUCCCAUGACCAGCGGAGCCUGCACAUCUACCCGUACAGGGGGUUCAGUUCGGCGGCUGUUGGCGAGCUGAUCCGCGAGGCGAACGUGGGCACUGGGGAGUGUUACAAGAGCGAGGAUAACAACGUUCUAAGCAGCACGAUAUUCGAACGCCUGUUUGCCCCUAAGGAGGCGAAGAGUCUUCGCCUGUGCCAGGGUCUCAACGGGCGCUACUACCUGCAUCGGGAGUUUAGCGUGUUCCUGGAGAACGGCAAGUAUGUCCUGCUGGCGGCCAUGUCCGUGCUGAGGAGUGCACUGCCCAUCGAAGAUUAUGUCCGCUAUCCGGAUCUCUUCGACAAACUGGACGCCUUUUCGUAUGUGUUCUUCGUGGUGGACCUGGAACUGGGUGUGGUCAGCGAUAGACUUUUUCUGCCGCAGGAUUCCAUUGUGGUUUCCCACAAUCACGGAAUCUCGGUGUUUGGAUCCAAAGUGGCGAUCAUGUCGCGACUCCAUCAGUGCAUUUACGUCUACGAGAUUUCAAAGGGUAAGCUCUGCGAACAGGAGACUAUUGGGCCCCGCCCGCGGGAUUUUAUCGAAAGAGCAUCCUCGGAUGUUGAGGACCUGGAUGCGACUACGGUUUUACCCAUUACGCAUAUAAAACAACGAGUACUGAGCUUUCUGUAUCGGCAAAUCGAUUUGGACGGGGACGGGGCGAGAGAAAAGCUGCAGGAGUUUUACAAGAACUAUGAAUUCAUCGAGCACAUGAUCAUGGAGAGAAUGCAAUUAAUAAACAGAGAUCUACUUCUGCUGCGCUACGAGGAGCGCCCGAAGGAGGCGGAGGUUAUGCCCCUGCCUCCUCCGACACCACGACGUUUAUACGUUUUCUAUACCAUUUCUGCCGAGGAGGUAGUGGGCGUCUAUCCGGAUUUUUCCGUCGAUCUGCUACAAAUUAUACUUCUGUUCUACGACGAGAUGAGCAAUGUGCGAUCGCUGCAAACAGGCGAUGCGCCUUCAUUGCCGCUACACUACUUUCUCAAGCAAAACUUUGUGGAUGCCAAUGCCACGGUCCCCUUUGUCCGGCAUGCGGCCUUGCGCUUCAACCCAGGCAUUCCCGUCAGCUCCCAGUGCCUGUCGCCAUCGCCAUACCUGAAGUACAGCGAUUUCAGCUAUGACGAUCGGUACAUGUCGCCACUGGAACGACCUAAUCCCUGCUCUGCCGACCCCAUUAUCUUCAAAGAUCAAGCUACAAAGGCUGUCAAGUUCCGACUGUUCGCGAAGGCGCGCAGGGAAAUCGGGACGAUGGCGCCGCGUGAACUAUGCGCCUUCAUUUGGCAUCCAUUCGAGCCGCUUGUCCUGAGCAUCCAAAAGUGCAUGAACAGCUAUGUUUACCAUGUCCACCUGUACCAUCACGGUACGGUAGUGGAGCAGCCGCGGCAGUCGCAACCACAACCAAGUGCCUCCUAAGAACUUAUACUUGUGAUAUGCUUCCCCCGGAUGGCCAGAAAACAUUCCGAAAUGUUUUCCCCUUCGGGGGAAUCAGGAAGUGAUCUGAUUGUGAUUUUAACUAAAUUACAAUUUUUGAGAAAUGUUAUACAAAAAAGAGAUUUAUAAAGAUACUUUCAAAAAGUAAAUAAAACAA